AUGAACUUGAUAUCGGUUACCAAUGGGAGCAUUGUUUUCAAUAGGAACAAGACCUUGAUAAUGAGAAACAUCUCUACUGGUACAAUAGAGAAGAUGGAUGCACCAAACUGGAUAUCCUUCAUGUCCGGGAAAUAUUUGGUUGAUGGAGAAAAAAACUUAUAUGUUAUUGACGGAACUACGCUAAAGAAUGUCCUGAAGCUCAACAGAAGCAUUUUUUGCCUGGUGGAAUAUGGAGAUGAGGUGUAUGUGGCAGAUAGAUUUGGGGAUGUUUACAGAAUUGGAGAUGGAGGAUGCGAAUAUGUGCUUGGGACUUUAUCGUAUCUAACAGGAAUGGCAAUACACAAUGGGAGGAUCUUGCUCAGCGACAAGUACGGAAGGAUCCGUAUCAGUGGGAUGAAUGGGAAAAUAUUGGGGUAUAGGUUCGGCUGCGGGUCUGUAGUAUCUCUGGAAUGUGUUAAUGGGGCUCUGGUUUCAAUAAGCACCAAGAGAAUAGUUCUGUAUGACAGCGAAUAUUCCCCAAGCCAUAUAUAUGAAUUUCCAGAAGGUACAAGUGCUCUAAAGGCCAUGGGAAAGGGAGAGAACGAACUCGUAGUUAUCUGCUCGAACACCCACCUCCUGUUCAGUAUAGGAGACAAAAUCGAUCUCGUUUCCUGCACGGAAGAGACUAUUAUUGAUGGUGUUUGCAGCGGGUCUGCUUUUUACAAGGUACUCCCAAACUUCACAAUUGUGGAUGACAAGCAGAAAGUCUUCUAUGAAUAA